AUGAGCCAGGAAAGGCUCAAUGGACUCGCCAUCCUCCCCACGAAGAGGAAACUGGUCCAAAGACUGGACUUCAAGGACUUUAUCAGAGACUUGCUCCAAGAACAGUCAGGCCUGCAUUUGGACCUAAACACUAGUCAGCAGCACACCACAAAGGCAUGUGACAGCCCACUCGUGACCAAUCUGCCGCCAUCAUCAUUCAGAAGCUCCUCCCAGCUGACCAGCAGCCAUGGGCCGGUGUUUGCUAAGGUCAACAGGAGAGAAGGAGCUGGAGGUUGGUCUCCUCUCGUCUCAGACAGAUACCAGUGGCUGGAAGUGGAUCUGGGGAGGCGGACCCAAAUCACUGCCGUUGCCACACAGGGACGCUACGGCAGCUCUGAUUGGCUGAUGGGGUACCUGUUGAUGUUCAGCGACACUGGACACAACUGGAGACAACACCGGCAAGAAGACAGCUUAGGGGCUUUUCCAGGUAACAGUAAUGCAGACACUGUGGUCCAGUACAAACUUAAACAGCCGGUGAUAGCCCGCUACCUCCGCCUGAUUCCUCUGGACUGGAACCCCACUGGGAGGAUUGGACUCAGACUGGAGAUAUAUGGAUGUCGAUAUACUUCUGAUGUGGCCAGCUUUGAUGGCAGCAGCAGCCUGAUCUACAGGCUGAGCGCGAGGCCGAGCUGGACGGCGAUGGAGGUCAUCGCUCUGAAGUUUAAAACCCUGAAGAAUUCUGGGACGCUGCUCCAUGCAGAGGGACAGAGAGAUCACAGCCUCACUCUGGUGUUGGAGAAAGGACGGCUGCUGCUCUACCACCAGCAAGGUGUGAGUUCAUCCUCAGGCGGGCAGCUUCUUGUUUCUCUGGGAAGUCUGCUGGAUGACCAGCACUGGCACCAUGUGAAGCUGGAGCGGCUCAGCACUCACCUCAACCUCACCGUGGAUAAAAACACUCAUCAGGUGCACGUCCCACCUGAGCUCAGCCACUGGGACAUUCACCAGCUCAGUCUGGGAGCUGUCCAGAGCCAUGGACUGCAGAAACCCAUCCUGUCCAACAGGAACUUCCAUGGCUGCCUGGAAAACCUGCUCUACAAUGACCUCAACCUGAUAGACCUGGCUAAAAAGAACAACCACCAGGUCUCUGUCAUGGGCAAUGUGACCUUUUCUUGUUCCGAGCCAGUUUCAGUCUCUGCGACGUUCACCGACUCCCGGAGCUUCCUCCAGUUGCCGGCGCUGACGGCGUGGUCGUCGGGGGUCGUCUCCGUGGCGCUGCAGUUUCGGACGUGGAACAAGGCGGGGCUUCUCUUGACCUUUGACCUCUCGCAGCAGGAGGGCACAGUCUGGCUGUACCUGAGUGAGGCCAGACUCCGCCUACAGAUCAUUAAAGCUGGCAGGGCUCCGCUGGAGCUCAGCGCAGGCUCAGGUCUGAAUGACGGUCAGUGGCAUUCUGUGGAGCUGAACGCCAGACAAGAUCAUCUGAGCAUCACGGUGGACAAAGAUGCAGGAGCUACCGCUCACACCAGAAUCCCCCUUCCUCUAACUGCAGACAGCCAGCUCUUCUUCGGUGGUUGCCCUGUUCAGGACAGCUACCAGGAGUGUAGGAACCCCUUCGAAGUCUUUCAGGGUUGUAUGCGUCUGCUGACUCUGGAUAACCAACCUGUUGACCUGAUCGAGGUGCAGCAAAGGCUGCUGGGAAACUACAGCCACCUGCAGAUUGAUAUGUGCGGCAUCAUCGACAGGUGCUCUCCCAGUCACUGUGAACAUGGAGGCAGAUGCACUCAGUCAUGGAGCACCUUCCACUGUAACUGCUCCAACAGCGGCUACAAAGGAGCCACCUGCCAUAGCUCGACAUACGAACAGUCGUGUGAGGCGUACAAACACAAAGGGAACACAUCAGGACAUUAUUACAUAGACGUGGACGGCAGCGGACCAAUCAAACCCCAGCUCAUCUACUGUAACAUGACAGAGGACAGGGCGUGGAUGGUGAUCCAGCACAAUAACACAGAACUGACCACAGUGCAUUCGUCCCCGGAGAGAAACCAGUAUCUAACCCACUUUGACUACUCUUCUGGAGAGGAGCAGUUAGCAGCCAUCAUCAGCCAAUCAGAGCACUGUGAGCAGGAGCUGUCGUAUCACUGCAGGAAGUCCCGCCUCCUCAACACACCAGAGGGUGCUCCGUUCAGCUGGUGGGUGGGAGGUCCGGGUCCAGGCCAGGUCCAGACGUACUGGGGCGGGGCGCUGCCAGGCAGCCGGCAGUGUGCCUGCGGCCUGCAAGACAGCUGUCUGGAUUCGAAUCACUACUGCAACUGUGAUGCUGACUACGACCAAUGGGCUAAUGACUCAGGCCUGCUCGCUCAUAAGGAGACUCUCCCUGUCAGGUCUCUUGUGCUUGGUGACCUCCAACGACCGGGUUCAGAAGCUGCCUAUAGGGUGGGACCCCUCCGUUGUCAUGGAGACAACAACUUGUGGAACGCUGCAUUUUUUGACAAGGAGACGUCCUACCUUCACUUUCCCACCUUCCAUGGAGAGCUGAAUGCAGACAUCUCCUUCCUGUUUAAAACACCGUCCUCCUCUGGGGUCUUUCUGGAAAAUCUGGGCAUCAAGGACUUCAUCCGGAUAGAACUCAGCUCCUCCUCAGAGGUCGUCUUCUCCUUCGACGUGGGUAACGGCCCGCUGGAGGUGCGAGUGGAGACGAGCGCCCCGCUGAACGACAACCGGUGGCACAGCGUGCGAGCCGAGCGCAACGUGAAGGAGGCGUCGCUACGUGUCGACGAGUUCCCUCCUGCCACGCAGGAGGCUCCUGCUGACGGGCACAUUCAUCUGCAGCUCAACAGCCAGUUAUUCAUAGGAGGCACCGCAUCCAGGCAGAAAGGCUUUCUGGGCUGCAUCCGCUCUCUGCAGCUGAACGGCGUCACUCUGGACCUCGAGGAGAGGGCGAAGAUCACCCCGGGUGUCCGACCCGGGUGCCCGGGCCACUGCAGCAGCUACGGCUCGCUCUGCCAGAACCAGGGCCACUGUGUGGAGAGAGCCAGUGGUUUCUCCUGCGACUGUGGCCAGUCAGCCUACACUGGAUCCUUUUGUCAUGAAGAGGUUUCAGCCAGCUUUAAGUCGACCACGUCCAUCACCUACACCCUGAAGGAGCCCUAUGAACUGAGCAGGAACAGCACUGCCUUGCCUUCCUCCAUUUACUCCGACAUGACGCUGAAAGGAGAAAACAUCUCGCUGAGCUUCAGGACCAUUCAGAACCCUGCUCUGCUGCUCUACGUCAACUCUUUCUACAGGGAAUACCUGGCCCUGCUUAUCAACAAACACGAUGAGCUGGAGUUGAGGUACAAGUUGCACAGCAGCAGAGAUGUUGAGGUGCUAUGGAGCGGAGUCACGAACCUGGCUGAUGGACGUCUGCACACAGUGACCGUCCGGAGACUGGCAGACGCUGUCUCUGUUCAGAUCGACCAGACUGCCAGAGAGGACUUCAACUUGACAUCUGAUGUGGAAUUCAACAGCAUCAAAUCGCUCAUUGUGGGCAGAGUGCAGGAGUCUGAGGAGUUGGAUGAAGAGCUGGCUGGGCUGGCCUCUCUCGGCUUCACCGGCUGUCUGUCAGGUGUUCGCUUUAACUCCAUCAGUCCUCUGAAGGCUGCUCUGCUGCACCCUGACAGCCCUGUUAGCAUCACCGGGCCGUUAGUCCAGUCGAGCUGUGGUUCGUCCUCUUCGGCCGAUCCCUAUGCUGCAGAAACCACACACUCCUUAUCAGACCAACCUGGUUCAGUGGAUCCGGGCCAGCCUUUAGUCAACACCAUCAGGAGUGACUCAGCUCUAAUUGGAGGGGUUAUCGCCGUGGUGAUCUUCGUCACUGUGUCCGCAUUGGCGAUAAUGGCCAGAUUCAUCUGCGGCAGGAAAGAGACGUAUCGAAACCAGGAGGUGAAAGCGGCUCAGCCCGAGGACGGCCACGAGUUCCCCUUCAGCAGCCAGGCGGACUCUCAGAGCGCUCCCGCUGAAAACCAGAAGGAGUAUUUCAUUUAG